CUAACGACGAAAUCAGUCUGAUAUUUAUGCGCGCGCACACGAAACAGGGACAGAGCGCAGACGGGAAAAGGAAUCGUAUCGUAAGAUAGAGUGGGAUAAUUCAAGAAAUGAGAUGCACAUAGAAAGGUGCAGAGGAGAAAACCGUGCUACCGGCAAACUGAACGCUUUAAUGCAUGUCGAGCGUUUGCUCGGAACGCAUCCGACAACAAAGAAGAACGAUAUUUCACUUUCAAAUCAACGAUUCCGACUCAAACUCAAACUGGCAACGACAAACAGACAAAUUAAGAAAAAGAUCUUGACAGUUUGAAAGAUUGUGAUAUUUGUACGCGGAAACCAGUUCGUUUUAUGGGAAAUUAAGAAGAUGAUGCGAUUCGUCGAUCUAUGUGCGAUUUUCUUUCUACUUCUGGUCAUUCGGUUGGAGCAAUUUUCUCUACAAAAGCGAGAGGCGUUGUUCAGCGAAGCUAGGAUGGAAGCAGAAUUUGAAAAAUGCUGUGGGCUUGGUACUUCGUGGGCUUUGGAAGGCCUAAGGUGUGAAAGGUUCACAGGGCCGGUGUCUGGAGUGCCGACAGUCGAACAAGGUCUUUGCUUAGAGGCUGUGGACAUCUGUUGCGUGAGAGCAUAUCACGAGGAACAAUGCAAGAAAGGAAAAUUAGAUGCGCAUGCUGGUUUAGCGUGUGUUUCUGAUACCAAAAGUAAACGUUCAGGGCCGGGUGAUUAUCACCGUGACUGUUGCGAAGCUUGUAAACUGGGUAUUUUAACUGGAUCUAUGGGACAAGGAUGCGCUUUUAAGAAAUUUACAUUUGGGAAUCCAUGGGAUCCUGCAUUUUUGGAAUGUUGUUACGAAGCGUCACCGAGUACAUCAACUUCUACCACAGAUCUUACAAAGGCAACGUCGUUCAGUGAGACUACCGAUACUGAAUCAACUUCAUUUCCAUCAACAUCGACUUCUUCAUUAUCUACUGAAACAUUGACCUCGACGUCUUUUUCCCCAUCGCUACCUACACCUCCAUUAGAUGACAUCUGUCAACUUAUGAAAGGAUUAUUGUGUUCUGACAUUUGUGUCCCUACGCCAGGAUCUUAUUAUUGCAAAUGUUACGAAGGCUUUACUCUACUAGAAGAUGGAAAAACUUGUAGUCAAGACUUACCUACUGACAGAUGCAAAUCGAGCAAUCCAUGUGAGCAACGCUGCACGGACAAUGGAGUUGCAGUUACGUGUAGCUGCAAUCCCGAUUACGUACUGGCGAAGGAUAAACGUUCUUGUUUACCUAAAUUAUCAGAAAACAAAAGUACAAUUCCUGAGGAUGAUAAGGAGUUUUCAUCUCUUUGUCCCACUGGUUAUCGUUACAAUGCUACCAAUCAAGUGUGUGACGACGUGAACGAGUGUAUAGAAAAAGGAGCAUGCCCUGGUCACUGCGAGAAUAAUAUAGGAUCUUACACGUGCACGUCCAAACAUAAACUUGAAUACGAAGAGGAUACUUGUCCUCCUGGAUACCAGUGGGAAGCCGCUACAGGUUUUUGUACAGAUAUCGAUGAGUGUCUUGUAUUAUCGAAACCAUGCUCCGGAAAGAAAAAUUUUUGUGUUAACACCCAAGGCAGUUUUAGCUGUCUAGAAAUGAAGGGAAUAAAAUCAUGUCCCGCUGGAUUUAAAUUCAAUAAAUUGUCACAGCAAUGCGAAGAUGUGAAUGAAUGUGUAGAAGGCAUUCAUAGCUGUUUGGAAGGUACAGAAGAAUGUCGUAAUAUCGAUGGUGCUUACGAAUGUGACGUAAAAUGUGAUGAAGGAUUUACUUACAGUGUUAAUUUGGGUACCUGCAUAGAUGUGGAUGAAUGUUCUGGCUCUGAUAAUCCUUGUCCAAGUUCAAAUACCACCUGCAAAAAUAUGGUAGGUGGUUACGAAUGCUUGUCUCUGAAUCAUUCUGAAUCUCCGUUUUCAAAUGAUAAGCCAUUGAUUUGUCCUGCGGGAUAUAAGCCGAUAAAUGAUUCCAGGGAAGCAUGUAUCGAUGUGGACGAAUGUAAAGAACAAUUGCAUUCGUGUGAAAAUACAGAACAAUGUGUUAAUGACAUAGGUAGUUAUAGAUGCGAACUAUUACGUCACCAAGAUGCGAAUUUACGUGGAAAGGUUGAAGAUAUUCAUGCUUAUCCCUAUAAAAGGGAACAUAAAUUACUAAGUUCAAUCUUUCCAAUUGUUAAUGAAACAAGGAAUUGCGACAGAGGUUUCAUAUUUGAUCAACGAAGUCUAGAUUGUAUCGAUGUCGAUGAAUGUAGCACUGGUUUAUCAAAUUGUGGAAUCGGUGAACAAUGUAUAAAUUUCGAAGGUGGAUAUAGAUGUUCUCCAGUAUGUCCGCCUGGCUUUCAGUUGUAUAACAAUAGUUAUUACUCGAGUAAAGAAUCUUGUCAAGAUAUAAACGAGUGUGCACUUGGAUUACAUUCUUGUAAUGUAUCGACUCAGUUUUGUGUUAAUACGAACGGUUCUUAUAUCUGUGAAUCAUUUACAACAACAACAACAACAACAAGUUCAACAACAAUUAACAGGCUAUUAGAUAUUAAGAAGAACUAUAUAAUGCAGAAUAUGGAUGGUCACGUAUUUUCGGAACCGUGUAAACUCGGAUAUGCUAGAGAUAUAAAAAGCGGAGAAUGUGUGGAUAUUGAUGAGUGCGCAGCACGUCUGAGUUGUCGAGACUACGAGCAAUGCCAUAAUAGCCCAGGCAGUUUUAUGUGCUUGCCACUAUGUACCACUGGCUGGUAUUUUAAUACAGCGACAAAGGGUUGUCAAGAUGUCGAUGAGUGUCUUUUAGGCAGACACGAUUGUCCACAGGGCACUCAUAAAUGCGUUAACACAAACGGUUCCUUUUUGUGCGAGUUAAUUCCGCCCUGCAGCACCGGUUACAAUCGAUCUUUCAAUGGCAGCUGCGUCGAUAUCGACGAGUGCUUGGAAAAUCUGCACACUUGUCGAUUAGAAUUACACGAGUAUUGUGUCAAUAAAAACGGCAGCUUCGAAUGUUUGACUAGAUUACCGUCUUGUCCAUCGGGUUAUCAAUAUUCCUUAACUACUAAACGAUGCGAAGAUAUCGACGAAUGCGUUCGUGGCCAAUACAAAUGUGAUACUAAACUUUUUGAAAAAUGCUUCAAUCUACCUGGAACUUACAGAUGUGAAAGACCUACAUCGUUUGAGCAGCGUCAACGUCAGAAACCUGCUUGUCCUUCCGGCUUCAGAUAUCAUCCUCGACUAAGAAGGUGCACAGAUAUCGACGAAUGCGCGGAAGGUUUGGACUCUUGCGUAGGUGAAGUUUGCUAUAAUCAACCGGGUGGUUAUAGUUGCGCAACACCUCCGAAGCCGAGAAUCAGGAAACCGCCUACGACAGCCUUACCAGCACCAUCAAACAAAAAGUGUAUCCCUGGAACGAAAUUCGUUAAGAAUCGUUGUGUCGACAUCGACGAAUGUAGGGAAAUAGAUGAUGCGUGUAGUAGCAACGAGGACUGCAUUAAUACCAUGGGAAGCUACAUGUGCGAAUGCAGAAUUGGUUUUAGGCGUGAGAAUUUAACUCAAGCCUGUGUGGACAUUAACGAAUGUCAAACGCAGGAAGAUAGUUGUUUGCAAGGUCAAAGGUGCGAUAAUACUAUAGGUAGCUACACUUGCACUCGAUAUCUAUCUUGUGGUACAGGAUAUACUCUGAAUGCCGCCACUGAGAUCUGCGAAGACGACGACGAGUGUCUACUCGGUACACACGACUGUGGACCUGGUUAUCAAUGCAGGAACACACUUGGCUCUUAUCGAUGUGACCGUAACCCACGUAUGCCGGGACCACAAGCUCGUAUUGAUAUUCCAACGACAUUAAUGACAACCACGACCAGUAAAUCAACAUCCGUAUCCACAUCCAUAUCUGCAGCCAUUACUCCUACUUCAUUAACUACCCUGGGAAAGGGAACGUAUAGUUGUCUACGUGGGUUUGAGGCUGGUUCUGGAGGAAAAUGCGUGGAUAUAGACGAAUGUCAGAAAAAUCCGAAUAUUUGUGGCAGAACAAUGCGAUGUAUCAACACUCUUGGAUCUUAUAGGUGUGUAUUGAAAGUAAUAUGCAGUAAUGGGUUUACUCUGGAUCCAACGUCAGGGCAAUAUUGUGUUGACAUAGAUGAAUGCGCGAAUGGUACUCACGAAUGUACUCCGGAUCAAACAUGUGAAAAUAGAGUAGGUGGUUAUGUUUGCACUUGUCCACCAGGACACGUUGCUGGACCGAAUAAAGACUGUGUUGAUAUCGACGAAUGCAGUCUUUAUAAUGUGUGUGGACCAAACAGUCAAUGCGAAAAUACCGUCGGUUCUUUUCGAUGUAACUGCGAAAGUGGUUUUGAAAAUAUUGGUGGUUUUGCUGGCGGUAAUUGUCAAGAUAUUGACGAGUGCCAAAGGACCCCUGGUUUGUGUCAACAUAUGUGUUUCAACGUGUGGGGUAAUUACAGAUGUGCCUGUAAACCCGGAUUCAGGUUAAACGCUGAUAAUCGUUCUUGCACAGACGUCGAUGAAUGUACAGAGUUCAAAAAUAACAACUUGUGUGUAGGAAUUUGUGAAAAUACACCAGGAAGUUAUGCUUGUAAAUGUCCAGAUGGUUACAAACUCGGACUUAACGGCCGUACUUGCGAAGAUAUCGACGAGUGUCAGGCAGGACCUGUUUGUAGAGCAGCAGAUGAAAUUUGUCACAACACUAGAGGUGGUUAUCGUUGCAAUAAAAUAAACUGUCCCGUGGGAUAUCACCGUGAUCAUGAAAGAAAAAACCGAUGCGUGAAAUCGUGGCCGUGCCAUAUCAACGAUUCACCUUGCCUUAGACAACCAUCGCAUUAUUCAUACAAUUUUAUUACUCUUGUGAGCAUGUUACCAAUUGCACCUAACAGACCGGAAGAACUAUUUAAAAUGAAGGGAUAUCAUCUGCCAAGCUCAACGAUACAAUUUAGUAUGGCAUUCCUGGAAGCGCGUGCACCACCUGGGGUACAACGCGCCACAGAAUCAUGUUUCGCAUUGAGAAGGCCUGCACCAACACAGGUUGUUUUGGUAAUGACACGAACCAUACAAGGCCCCCAGGAAAUCGAACUCGAUUUAAGCAUGGAAGUUUAUCAUAAUGCGAUCUUUGCUGGAAGUGCAGUAGCAAAAAUUAUAAUUUUCGUUUCUCAAUACGAAUUUUAACAACUCUUGGGAUUUAAAAAGGCAAGUGCGUAAUUACCGACAAAUUGUCGCGUAUUUCGAUUCAUAUUUGUAUCAACAAAUUUUUUUGGUACAGCUUUCGUUAUAUUGCUAAUAUUUUAUUUUAAUUACUCUAAAGUUACUUUUAUUUCUCCACUCUUAUUUUAGAUUAUAAUUUCCUAAUUCAAGUUUAAGGAAGCAAGGUAUUAUAUUCAUAAAUGUAAUUAAGAUUUAAAUACAUAUUAAUAUCAUUUUAUCGUACACUCUUUUAAAAAAAGAGUAUUUCUCAUAUUCUUAAACUGUCACAAAGUGAUCAUAUUACAUAUUUGUUACUAGUUUGUUAUAUCUACCGUACGAUGUUUUCAUUGCAACUUUCCACAGAAAUUUUCAAAUAGUAUCUUUUCACUUUUAAUUUCCAACUUGCAAAAAGAAGUAUCCAAGGCGGGCAGGAAUAGCUGUAGAAAAUGUAAAAUGAAUCAUAACGAAUGGAGCAAUAAUUUCACAUUGUAUUUUCGGUAAAUGAAUCGAUUUAUAUGUACAUAGGGUAUAUGUGAAUUUGAACACGUGAAAAAGCGAAAUAAAAUCACAUUAAUCGUUCUAAAUUAACUUUCUCCACGUUACUGUACUUUGUAAAUAUGUACCUUAUCAAAAUCGCAGUUUUAUAACACGUUUCAAUAACGAAACGUUUCUUUUCGCUAUAUUUAACAAUAGAUCUAUCGCUAGUGAUCAUACUUUAUGUACGUAUACAGCAAUAUUCAAGAGAAUCGAUCAUACUCGCUAUAUCUAGUUGUCUAAUUGUAAGUCAAAAGUAACAAGAUUUCUAAAAUAUUUACGCAAUUAUUGUAAUGUACAUAUGUAAUUACAUAUGGUGAUAUAUACCACAUACCAUAUGUAUAUACAUAUUAUAUCGUCUAUAUUAAAUUUAAAAAAUUCUGCAUACCUACAUAUAAUACGAGAAUGUAAAUAUACGUGUAUUCUUUCGCUGCACACCUAAA